UUAUCUAGAGAUUCGAAUUAAGUUUCUUGAUCAAUUUUCAGUCUCAUUUUCUCGUUAAAAUCACUGAAAAUUGUCUGAAAUAAUCGCUAUGGCUUCUCUCAAAUUCAACCUCGUCGUCUUUCUGCUGUUUCACGCCGUUUUCCUGCUUCCUUCACCGGUUCUCUCCGAUGAUAAAGAAGACAGUGUUCUUCAGGGGAUCAACAGUUACAGAACCUCCCUGAAACUUCCCACGCUCACCAAGAACGACAAGGCGGAGUGCCUGGCUGACGAAAUCGCCGACAAAUUGGAAGAUCAACCGUGUACGACCGCCGGCGCUAACUCCGUUCAACUAUCAAACUACCCUGAACUGCUAUCAAAAUGCGGCAUCGACGUUAACAACACUAGAGACGGUGCCGUUUUACCUGUGUGCGUACCCAAGUUGGUUCCGACUCUUGUUCUCACUAAUUAUACCCAUUCUCCGUAUGGGAAAUACGUAAAUGAUUCGAGGUUUACUGGGGCGGGUCUUGGGUCCGAAGAUGACUGGAUGGUUCUUGUUCUCAGCACUAACAAUCCUUCAGGUAGCUUCGCCGGAGCAAACAGUUUGGUUUCGAAGAUUGGUUUAGGCCAUUGUUUGAUGUCUUUGUUGUUGGGGGUUAUGCUUGUUUAUAUUGUCUAUUAAUUAUGAGAUAAUGUAAUUAAUUAAUUAAUUAAUGUUGAAUGUAUUUGUGAAUUUUAUUU